UACAAACACUUUAGUUACAUUUUGUCUCAGAUUUCCACAACGAGUGCGUGGCUUAUUCCAAUUUGACGGUGCGCAGAAAAUGCCCUCGCAAUUGUGGAAUGAUCCAAAUGACGUCUUUUGCAGUUUGUGCGCUGUUGAGCUGCAAGUUCCUGCGGAGGGAUCCGCAGCGUGGACAACGUCGCCCACGCUCGAAGGACCGAGACCAGCUCUCGCCCCGCAAAACAUUUUUUUAUUUUUUAUCUGUUGAUUGAUUUGGGAUUUGGGAUUGAUUGAUUGAUUGAUUGAUUUUUAAAUAGCAAGUUGUGAAAGAGGAGAGGAAAAUGUAUCAGAGCCUGACCUUGUCGUCCAACCAGUCCCCUUACACGCACGACACCGGGAAUUACUUGCACCCCUCGGCCAGCUCCCCCGUCUACGUCCCGACCAGCAGAGUCCCGGGCAUGCUGCCCACGCUGCCCUACCUGCAGACGUGCGAGCCGCCUCACCAGUCCCACGGCCUCGGCGCCCACCACCACCACCACCACCACCACCAUCACCCCCACCACGGCUGGCCGCAGGGCGCCGCGGACGGCUCUUCUUUCGCGGCCAGCAGCCCUCACCCUCCGCACGGCUUCUCCUACUCGCACAGCCCGCCGCCGAGCACCAACACCGGCCGGGAGGCCGCUUACCAGAGCCCGCUCGUGCUCGGCAACGGCGGCCGGGCGGACCAGCUCGGCGGGGCCCUGGUGCGCCCCGCUGGGGGCUCUUACACCGGGCCGUACGCUUACAUGAGCCCGGAGAUGGCGACCUCCUCCUGGACGCCGGGACCCCUCGAGAGCGGAGUGAUGAGCCUGCAGGGCCGCCAAGGAGGCAUGUCCGCGCGGCGCUGCAGUCUGGAUCUGGUGGAGGACAUGGCCACAGAGGGCAGGGAGUGCGUCAACUGCGGCUCCAUCUCCACGCCGCUGUGGCGCAGAGACGGCACGGGGCACUACCUGUGCAACGCCUGCGGCCUCUACCACAAGAUGAACGGCAUCAACAGGCCGCUCAUCAAACCUCAGAAACGGCUGCACACCACAUCUCGCCGAGCCGGCCUGUGCUGCACCAACUGUCACACGAGCACCACGACGCUGUGGAGGCGUAACGCUGAGGGAGAGCCAGUGUGCAACGCCUGCGGUCUCUACAUGAAACUGCACGGGGUGCCCCGACCUCUGGCCAUGAAGAAAGAGAGUAUACAGACAAGGAAGCGCAAACCCAAAAUGCCCAAGAACAAAUUACUCACAGGAGCGCGCACGACCUCUGACAGCAGCUCGCCAUCGUCGCUGUCUGCAUCCGAGCAUGCGUCCACCAUCAAGAGUGAACCCAGCAUGACCCCUUCACCCUACGCCGGGCAGACUGUCACGUCCGCCUCCCAGACGGCUACCCAGUUGAACGCUGCAGUAUCCACGGCACACAUGGACAUUAAAUAUGAGGAUUAUGUCUUUACUCCGACAUCCGUGGCCCCACAGAACUCCUGGUGCGCUCUUUCUCAAGCAUGAGUCCUAAAACCCAAUCACCCGGUUUCCAAGUCUUACCGGCCGCCACGGUUGACGUGUGGCCGAGAGCACGUAAUCCGUUGGCGAUGCAUUAGUAACUUAAACAUGAGAGUCAACCGACCUACAGGAUGCAAGAUGCAGAGUACCUGCACCUCACCAACUACUACCUAUUAUCAAGCAAGCAAACGCACCAAUGCAAAGA